AACAAUUAUUUUCUUGGUGAGCCGACGAUAGCUUGAUGAUUCCCCACACAAUUGUGUAGCUUAGAAGACUAUGGCAUCAGUUUGAUGCCAGAAUGCCAGAGGCGUCAGUGAGUGUAUUUGGUCGCGUCCACAGCCGAAACGAAGAUAUGUGAUGACGCAAAACAAGGUAGAACAAGCGAUGGUCAUCACUUUUAUAGCUUUUAUAGAACGAGACUUUUUUUUCUCUAUUAUAGUGAUUUUCAACACAUUUCUAGUACGAGACUGAAAGUUUGUCUCAGCAGAGAUCCAAUAUUUAUACUCUAGUGAAUAUUCCCCGUAGUUAUUCGUUAUUGACGGCACGGGCAGGUAAGCUCACAAAUGACCAGAACAAAUGUAUGGAAAGAUGGAAAUGUUUCUUGUUUGCAUCAAUUUAAAGUAUUUACACACCGGGGGAUUUUAAUGUAUAGCAUAUGAAACAAAUCUUAGGGAAUUUCCGAUUCGUUUGGUAUGUAAAUCGUCAAAAUCCGUUCGCGACGAAAAUAGCAUAACUUUAUUUCAUAAAUACGUGACCUGUUUUCAGAUUUGGCACCCUUAAUUAAAGAAAAAAAAACGUGUUAGUUGGAAAAUCAUCGCAAAAACUCGUAAAAAUCGCGUUAAAAACCUGGGUGUAUAUUUCUAUGUUACUUGAUAAAAAACCAUUACCAAGUAUCGGAAUUGUACGUCAAAUUAAUAUGAGUGAAACUUAUCGUUACAGUUUGUGGACUAGAGAAACAUGACAGCAUUUUAGAACUGCUGCGGUGUACUUCUUCUUCUUCUUCUUCUUCCCACAAUCUAAAUGAAAAUGUCCGACUUUGAGCGAAUACGGCUGGUCAUCCUUGGCGGAGCUGGUGUCGGUAAAAGUAGUAUCAUUAAGCGUUUUCUAUUUAAAACAUACUCAGACAAAUAUAGGCCGACAGUAGAAGAUCUAUACAACCGAGAGUACGACCUGGGCGCUAUGACACUUAAGGUGGACAUACUUGACACAUCUGGUGAGAUGCAAUUUCCGGCAAUGCGGAGACUAUCAAUUGCCACAGCUCACGCUUUUCUGUUGGUAUACGCAACGACAUCGGAACCUAGCUUGGGAUGUGUGAAACAAUGUUUCGAAGAGAUUCGAGAGCAACGAGCCGACUUUCAAGACGUACCGAUAGUGAUUGUUGGUAACAAAAACGAUCUCAGCAGUACACAUCGAGAAGUCCGCAUCGAAGAUGUGUCGGAAUGGGUGUUUUGUGAGCUGCCUAAGCUGAAAGUGAAGGUGAUGGAAUGCUCCGCGAAAGACGAUACGAAUGUCAUCGACAUAUUUAAAACAUUCCUCUCACUAUCACGUAUCCUACCUGUUAAUGGGAACAGUGAAUCAACAUCGGGGCUGAAGAGACGUUCAUCAGCUUACGUUAGUGCUAGUAGUAAAGCAAAAUCUAGAAUUAGAAGUCCGUCCAUUGGUUGUGAAAAGUCGAAGGAAACAUCGUAUUUGGCAGCAGGCUGCAGCGAAGCUUCGACCAAUGAUCCAAAAUCAAAACCCAGAUCCAGAUCUCUUAUUCGAAGAUCAUCCCGGAAGACCAAACAGCAAAUACAAAAUGCUUCUGGUACGGAAGACUGCAAUAUACAGUAAUUAUGUUGAAUGAGGAACAAAAAAAAAGCACAUAUUAUAUAAAAAAGGUGGCAUUAGCAGGAUUUUUAUAUUUCCAUGUGUUUUCAGUUUCUUUUGUUUCCAUGUUUCAAAGAUUGUGUUGAAGGAGAUUAUUGUUGCAGCUACAAUAAUCAAGGCAAAAAGGAUUGUGAUCAUUAGAGUUGCAUUAAUUAGAGACUAAAUUUACAAAACAGUAUGAUGAUAAACCUAUGAAUAUAGGUAAGAUGGACUAAAUGAAUAACUAGAUUUUUUAUACACAAAAUGAAACUUCGUGAUCAUAGGUUUGAGUUCUUGAGGCAGAACUUAUAAUUGAAUUUCAUAAAUUUACGACAAAAUAAAAGAACGAUCGCAAUUGAUGCUCGACGGAACGAAUUUAAAAACAAAGGAACUGGAGCAAAUAAUUACAUAAGUCGUAGAGGCGAAUGAACUGCAAAGUUUAAAGCCUCUUAAAAACAAAGAAAGAAAGAAAGAAUUACAUAGAUAGGAGCUUGUUGUUGAAUUUGUAAUUGUUGAUCAAAUGUAUUUGUAAUAUGUAGGUGACAUGUGUAUUGUUUGGAGAAUAUGUCUAUUCCAGUUAGUCGUGGCAUAGGUCAUGUACAUGGAAUACAUCAGAUUCAUUGCAGAGCAUAAAAACCAAAUAAGGUUCUAAACAAUGUUUUUAGUUUAAUACCGUAUUAAGUAACAUUAUUAUUAUAAGUAUUCUUAUUUUUACUUAUUUUUAUUUUUUUAUUUUUUUUUAUUCAUAAAAUUAUUUGCAUGAUUCACGCAUGAUUGUUCGUAGUUCAUCUCCAGAUAUUGGCUCAAUCAGUUAUAAAUAAAAUCAUAGCUUUCCAAGUUCCACUGCUUCAUCGACUUUUUUUCACAGUUAAACAAACUCGAGACACGUUAAUUUAAUAUGUAACAAUAAAAGCAUUAGCAAUAAUCAAAAGUAAUUUUUAAUACACAAAUUCAUCCUUAAGCAUUAGUUUAUGAUUUUGUAAAAAUAUAAAAAGUUGUGUGUGCAUUUGGUUUAUAUCCGUCCAGUAGCUGAAAAUCGAGAUCUAAGCUUGCACCUUGCAAACUUGAAAAAGGUUUUUGAUAAUUGAAUGUUUUCUGAUCUAUUCAUUGUACCAUACGGCGAGAGGAAUAUUCAAUAAAACAUUUUUUGGAAUAUUCGACACAAAAAUUUGACGGAAAACAAGAAAACAUAAACAUAAGUACACGUAAUUUUCCAAGUCGCUUCAACGACUAAUGUUCAAGUCUUGUUUUGUUGGUGUUACUAGCUAUGUACAUCAGCUCUAGUAUUCAGAACAAAAUAAAACACUUUGUGAAAAGAAAUAAUAACAAGGAAAAAUUUUCAAAAGCAAUAAUUUAAUAACUCUGUGUUUGUGUUCCUUGAGCAAUCGUUGCAAUAUUUUGCUCUAUUUUCUAAAUUCUACUUCGUCUCCCUCAAGAAUAUAUUCAUACAAACCAUUCAUGUGAUGUUUUUACACAGAGAAAGUGCCAAUAAGUUAACCAUGUCGUUCCAAUGAAAAAAGGCAAAUGUAUCCAUCCAAAUUAAUCUAGCAUUAUGUAAAUCAUAAGAAUUGAGUUGACGGUUAUUUCACGAGCAGAAUAUUGUAUCAACGCAAGUUCUGAUAAUUGUUUUUUGGAGGUAUUCUAUUCUGCUCAGAAAACACAUAGAAAUAAGACAUAAUGAGCUCUGUGACUAGCGCCUCAAACUUUUGAUCAUCAAACGAAAAAUGAAUGAAAUCAUAUGAUAAUAACUGUCAUAAAUGAUGUAGAUUACGAGUAUUUCCUUUUCAGUGGUGAUUGAGUAAAUAAAAAAAUCUGUUUGCCUGUUUAUGCCUCAUAUUGAAGCUUUUUCUCACAUAAUAUCAUAUAUUUUAUACAUUUUGAAUAAAAUUUAAUGCAUUAUAGAUAUAUCAAACUAUCCAACAUUUGAUACACUUUCUAUUUUUCACUACAUAUUGUUUCGAUAUCGACAUAAGAUAAAUUUGUACUACAUAUGAUCAUUUUCGAGGUCACUCGGACAUAAGAAAAACAGUUUAAAUAUUAAAUUAUGUACAAAAAUAUCACACUAUUCUACUGCACACAGUACUUUCUCAUGAAAAUUUUGAUAACCUGUAUAUGCUAUUCGAAAAAGAUGCUUUUCCAAUGAUAUCACAACCUUUCAGAGAUAUCAUAAUCUGCCUGACCAAACAAUGAGGACAAUUCGAAGAGACUUCAACAUAUGAUAUCAUAUUCAGCUCAUUAUGACUAUUUUGGAAAGUGAACGUGUUUUAAGCUAUCCAAACUCUCCUUUAUAUAAACCAAGUGUACCAACAAAAAUACUACGAUUGGAUGAUAACUUUAAGACAAAAAAAGGAGUUUAAAUCAUAAUUAAAUGCAUAGGCAUUAUUAAGCUAAUAAACAUUGUUGAAUUCUAAAUCAUUAUAA